CGGGCCGAGGCCAGGCGGGGAGGGUGGGGAGCGGAGCCCGAGCCGGUGCCGGAGUCGGGAGCAGCAGCAGCGGCCGCGGCUACGGGGGACGCGGCCCGAGACUGAGGGGAGCGAAGCCGCCGCCGCGUCCGUGAGGCCUCCGUGGGGCCCGGCCUGAGGCCAGAGGCCCGAGGACACCGCACCAUGUUCAAGAAGCUGAAGCAGAAGAUCAGCGAGGAGCAGCAGCAGGCGGCGGCCCAGGUCCCUUCCAGUUCACCUGCCCCAGCAGGGACCAGGAGCCGGACAUCUUCUCUUACAGAACAGCAUGAUGAUGGUACGCCCAACAGAGAGCUUCUAGCUGGGAUUUUAGCAGAGCCUGCUUUUCUCUCUGAGUACACUAUCUUUGCUUUGGAUUCCUCCAAACAACCCAAACCACAGAUUGCCUGUGUGACUGCAUCUAGUUACAUGCCUCAGAAACCAGCUGACUGCAUUAAUGGAAAUGAACCAGCUCCUCAGUUGGGUGAGACGCAGUCUUUUGCACAGAAGCUCCAGCUCCGGGUUCCAUCAAUGGAGUCUUUAUUUCGAAGUCCAAUCAAGGAAUCUUUGUUCCGUUCUUCUUCAAAAGAAUCUCUGGUACGAAGUUCCUCUAGAGAAUCCCUGAAUCGCCUUGAUCUUGACUCGUCCACGACGUUGGAUCCCCCAUCUGACGUUGAAAGCGAGGCUGAGGAGGCUGUGGGAAAUGCGGACAGCCUCAGUAAAGAGCAGCUCUGUCAGCGGCUACGGAGGAUGGAGCGAAGCUUAAAUAGCUACAGAGGCAAAUACUCAGAGCUCGUUACUGCCUAUCAGACUGUACAGAGAGAAAAGAAGAAGCUACAGGGUCUUUUGAGCCAGAGUCAAGAUAAAGCCCUUAGGAGAAUUGGAGAACUGCGAGAGGAGCUUCAGAUGGACCAACAGGCUAAGAAACAUCUCCAAGAAGAGUUUGAUGCUUCACUAGAGGAGAAGGACCAGUAUAUCAGUGUUCUGCAGACUCAGGUUUCACUGCUGAAGCAUCGCUUGCAAAGCGGCCAGAUGACUGUGGAGUUAUCUAAACCCGAAAGCCUCCCCAAAGAAACUAAUGAAGAGAAUGCACAGAAUGAUCUGGACCAUGGAGUGUCAACGGAAGGAGAUGGAGAUGCCGCCAAAACUUUAGAAACUCUUCAGCAGAGAGUUAAACGACAAGAGAAUCUCCUCCAGCGGUGUAAAGAAAUAAUUAAGUCACACAAGGAACGAGCUACCCUUCUGACUAAUGAGAAGGAAGCCCUUCAGGAGCAGCUCGAUGAGAGGCUUCAGGAGCUGGAGAAAAUGAAGGAACUUCAUAUGGCUGAGAAAACGAAAUUGAUUACUCAGCUUCGCGAUGCAAAGAACUUGAUUGAGCAGCUUGAACAAGAUAAGGGAAUGGUAAUAGCAGAGACUAAACGUCAAAUGCAUGAAACACUGGAAAUGAAAGAAGAAGAGAUUGCUCAACUUCGUAGUCGAAUCAAGCAGAUGACCACCCAGGGAGAGGAGCUACGAGAACAGAAAGAGAAAUGUGAAAAAGCUGCUUUUGAGGAACUUGAAAAAGCUUUGAGUACAGCACAGAAAACUGAAGAAGCCCGGAAAAAAAUGAAGGCUGAAAUGGAUGAACAGAUAAAAGCAAUUGAAAAAACAAGUGAGGAAGAACGCAUAAAUCUGCAGCAGGAGCUAAGCCGAGUAAAGCAGGAAGUUGUAGACAUUAUGAAGAAAACAUCUGAAGAGAGAAUUGCUCAGCUACAGAAGACUUAUGCCGGGGAGCUUGCUAACAAGGAGAAGGAACUCAAUGAGAAAUUUCAGGCCCGGGAAGAAGAAUUCCAAAGGCAGUUGAAAGCAGCUCUUGAAAAUAAUCAAACAGAGUAUUUGAAGACGACUCAAGAAAAAGAGCAGCAGGAAUCCUUAGCUCUUGAAGAAGUAGAAUUGCAGAAAAAAGCUUUACUCUUAGAAAGCGAGAAUAAGCUUCGGGACCUGCAGCAAGAAGCAGAGGCCUAUAGAACUAGAAUCCUGGAGUUGGAAAGCUCCCUGGUGAAGUGCUCUCAAGAUAGCAAGAAUCAGGUAGAAGAGAUGUCCUUUCAAAUGGAAUCUGAGAGAACCAAGCACAAUACGGAAAUCGCUGUCAUGGCUGAAAACCAUAAAACAGAAUUAGAAAGUUUGCAGAGGCAGCAGGAGCAGCUUUGGACAGAGAAGCUUCAAGUCCUAAAGCAGCAUCACCAGACUGAAAUUGAGAAGCUCAGAGAGAAAUAUGAACAAGAAGAAGAGGCCCUAUUGAAAGAGAAGGAGACUGUGUUCCGUGGGCACAUAGAAGAGAUGAACGAGAAGACGUUAGAAAAGCUUGAUGUGAAGCAGACGGAGUUAGAAGCGUUAUCUUUGGAGUUGUCUGAAAUAUUAAGAAUUCGCCAGAGUCUGGAAAAAGAGCUCUCUGUGUUAAAGGAAGAGAAGAAUCAAGUAAAGUGGGAGCUUGAGGCAAAGCUGAAUGAAGAGAGAGUUCAGCACCAGCAGCAAGUGGAUGCUAUGCUUGAGGAGCAGAAGCGAUCUGUCCAGGAUAUUGAGAAAGUAAUGAAAGAUGAAAUCACUCACAUGGGGUUUCUGCUAAAGGAGAAGGAGCAGCAUUUGGAAGAGCAGCAAGCGCUGCAGCAGAAAUUAGAGGAAUCUGUUAAAAGAGCUGAAGCUGAGCUCAAGCAAGCAUCAGAGAAGAUCGAUAUUUUUCAGUCACACCAGAAUAACUCGAAUGAGCAGGUUAAAGCCUAUGAAAGGCAGCUGACUGAACUGCAACAGAAAUGGGCCGAUAUGGAAGCAGAGAAAGAGCACCUUGAGAAACAGAUAACAGAAGCUGACAUACAAAAGAAUCAUCUCAGUGUGGAACUGGAUUCUUACAAAACCCAGGUGCAAGACUUAAUGCUGCAGCUGGAGAAACACAGUGAUGAAAUGGACCAGAAACUGUGUUCUCUGACUGAUCGAUAUGAGCAGAGCUUGACCGAAAGGGAAAAUGAAAUGUUACGCAUCAAAGAACUACAGAACCAGGAAAUAGACGAUAUCAGGCAAAGACUGUUAGCCAAAGAAGAAAGCAUUAAGACUUUGGAAAAAGAAUAUGAAAACAAAUUGAAGAAUCAAGAACUCAAGAUGGAAAAAAUCAAACAGAAAGCAAAGGAAGUGCAAGAAACCUUCAAGAAAAAAUUGUCAGAUCAGGAAGCUAAGCUGAAGAAAGAACUUGAAAACACACAUUUAGAGUUCAGCCAGAAAGAGAAACAGUUUAAUACAAAAAUGUUGGAAAUGGCUCAGGCUAGUUCUGCUGGAAUGAAUGACACAAUUUCACAACUGAAGAAGAACCAACAGGAGCAAGUGGAAAGUCUCACAGCAGCACAUCAACAAGAACUGAAUGACAUCGUGUUAACCUGGGAGAAGAAGGUCAGCCGGCAAACCGAAGAGCUGCAGGAGAAGCACGAGAGAGAGCUGCAGGAGAAGGAGCAAGAAGUAGCUGAGCUCAGGCAGGAGAUCAUGGCUAUCAGGGCUGACAGAGAAGAGGCCGGCAGAGAAGUGGCCUCGCUGAAGGAGGCAGGCACAAAGCAGGGUGCUUGGCUAGAGCAGUUGGAGGAGCAGCUGAAGCAGAAGUCUGCGCAGAUAAUGACGCUGACCCAGGAUGGAAUGGACAUGAGAGCUCAGCUUGAAACACUGCAGGCUGAAAGAGCUUCUCUUCAUGAGCAGUUAACUGAGUUGAAGACACUGGAAGAAAAAGAGAAGCAGAGGUUUUUGGAUGUGACAGAGAGGUUGCAAACUACUGAAGAGCAACUCCAGGCUUUGAAAUCUUCGUGUGAAGGAUAUGAGAAGAAAGCAGAAGCCGACCAUUUGCACUUUCAGAAACUGUCUGAAAAUCUAGCAGCACAGCUGCACGUGUGCUGCCAGGAGGCUGAGACCUUACUGCAGACUAAAACCAGGGAACUGAUUGAGAAGAGUAACAGUAAAAUUGAGGCUGCUCUUUCUAGGGUUUCUUAUUGCCAGCUUCAGACAGCUAAAGUGAAAGAAGCAAUAUUAAUUCAAACUUGUAAAAUCCCUGAACUAGAAGCAAAGCUUAGACAAGCAACAGAACAACAUAAUGUAUUAAGUAAUUCUUUACAACAUUCAGUUCAUCAAUUGGAAGAAAAAGAAAAUCAAAUUAAGAGCAUGAGAGCUGACAUUGAAGGCCUCGUCACAGAAAAAGAAGCAUUGCAGAAAGAAGGAGGCCAUCAGCAGCAGGCUGCCUCUGAAAAGGAAUCUUGUAUCACUCAACUAAAGAAAGAGUUAGCCGAAAACAUCAAUGCUGUCACCCUGAUGAAAGAGGAACUUCAAGAAAAGAAAUCUGAAAUCGGCAACCUUCAUGAACGUGUGAGGGAUCUGAAUGUUCAACUUGAGAAUAGUAUUAGCCUAACCGAAAAAGAAGAGGCUGUGUCUCUGUUAAAGAAGCAGCACAAAGAGGCCCAACGGGAACUGCUCAGCCAAGUCCAAGAUUUAUCCUCGACGGUCGACACCUUGAGCAAGGAGAAAGCGUCAGCUCUUGAACAGGUAGAUCACUGGAUGAAUAAGUUCUCUGAGUGGAAGAAGAAAGCACAGUCGAAGAUUACACAGAAUCAAAACGCUAUUAAAGACUUACAGAUGCAAUUGGAGCUAAAAACAAAGGAAUCUAGUGAAAAAGAUGAACAGAUAAACUCAUUAAAAGAGAACCUUGAUCAAGAAAAAGAAAGUUUUAAAAGUUGGAAGAGUGAACUCGAAGAAAGGGAGAACAAGAAGGAGAAACAGGAAUGUGAUUUACUAGCUGAGUUAAACCUUCGGGUGGCAAGGAUUGCAGAGUUAGAGGAGCAUGUUACCCAGAAAACAGCAGAAAAUGCGUGCUUAGCAGAAGAACUGAAGCGACACUGUGAGAGUGAAGAGCAGCUUCGGCAUGGCCAACAUCGAGGGGAAGAGCAGCUGCUGCAGCUUCAGAAGCAGGUGGAUUCCAUGAAGUCCGACCUGGAGGCUCAGCAGAGGGAGUUGGAGCAUGCCAUCACUGCCAGUAGCAAAAGCAAAGAGGACGAGUUAAAGGCUCUGCGGGAACGACUGGAUGCAGAAAAUGCCGCAAAGUUGGCAGAAUUGAAGAAGAAGGCGGAACAAAAGAUUGCCACCAUCAAGAAGCAGCUGCUGUCCCAAAUGGAAGAAAAAGAAGAACAGCAGAAAAGAGAAGCAGACAACCGACUGAUGGCAAUGACCUGGCAGCUGCAGGAGCGAGAACGUGAGGUUCAGCAGCUCCAUGAGCAACUCGGAUCCAUGGGCAGGCGGGCAUUGGAGCCAGAAGGAAAGGCCAUGGCUGUGGCAACCUCCUCUGCAGAACUUACGGGACAGGCAGCAGGGAGGGAGACUGGCAGUGAGGAAACGCCUCAGGCUGAAAUGCAGGAGCGGCUGAGAGAGUCAGAACAGGUGGAGAAAAGGCAAUGGGAGGAGCCAGACUUGGAGAGUGACAUUGGAGCAAUCCAGAAGAUCCUCCCAGAGAAGGGUCAAACGAGCCAGAUGUUAGAAGAGAGAAAGGAGAAGGAAGAAGCCAGAUUGGGAUUGGAGCUGCUGACGUCCAGCCCUGGCCCAUUCAAGGCUUCUGAGCAGCAGCUGGAAGAGAAAGAGGAGCCCUUGGAAGUUGUAGGGGAUGGUGGUGGAAGCAGCCUGGAGGCCCAAGCACUCCCUAGCAUGCAGAACCAGCGGGAGGACCUGAGGUCUGAACUAGAGGAGGCUGAGCGGGACAGACAGAGGCUGCGCAAGGAAGUGAAUCGCUUGCAGAGGGAUUUGCGGACUCUGAGGAAGGAACAUCAGCAAGAGUUGGAAAUAACCAAGAAAGAAUGUGAAGAAGAAAUGGAAAAGAAAAUGAAAAUGGAACAAGAAGACAAUGAGCUCAAGCAUAACUCCAAGUUAAAACAACUAAUGAGGGAAUUUAAUACCCAGCUGGCUCAGAAGGAGCGAGAACUAGAAGCAACAAUCAAAGAAACCAUCAGUAAGGCCCAGGAAGUGGAGGCGGAGCUCUUAGAGAGCCACCAAGCAGAGACAAAUCAUCUGCAUAAAAGAAUUGCAGAUAAAGAAGAAGAUUUAAAAAGAACAGCCAAAAGAUAUGAAGAAAUCCUUGAUGCACGAGAAGAGGAAAUGAGUGCGAAAGUAGUUGAACUACAAACACAGUUGGAACAGCUGCAGAAGGAAUACCAGCAUCGGCUCCAUGAAGAGGAGGAGCAUCCAAGCAGUGAGAAAGUAACAAUAAUGGAUCUCCAGACCCAGCUGGCCCAGAAAACAACUCUUGUCAAUGAUUCCAAGUUGAAAGAGCAGGAAUUCAGAGAGCAGAUUCAUACAUUAGAAGACCGUUUAAAGAAGUAUGAGAAGAACAUGUAUGUUACAACAGUGGGGAUGCCUUACCAAGCAGGGAAUCUGUGCCAUGCUGACGUCUCUCUAUUCGGAGAGCCAACUGAGUUUGAGUACUUGAGAAAAGUGCUCUUUGAAUACAUGAUGGGUCGUGAAACUAAGACAAUGGCAAAAGUCAUAACUACAGUCCUGAAGUUUCCUGCUGAUCAGACUCAGAAAAUCUUAGAACGAGAAGAUGCCCGGCCACUGUUUGCUUCAGCUCGCAGUGGUAUCUUCUGAAUAAGCCGUCAGUCUGUGCUUAGUUAGCAUGUGGUCAUGGCUACGAUUGUCAUCUUGAAGAAAUUGGGAUGAAGAGUGUUCCUUAACUGUGCUGCUUAAAAAACUGUCCAAGUCUCUGUUUUUCUUUGAGAAAAGGCAUGGUGGACUGAUGACAAGCUGCUUUUCAGGUCCCUAGAGAGAGGCCUCGAGAUAACACUGGAUCAUGAAGACCGCUAGAGCUGCCUAGAGAGGGGUGAGCUGGGGACAGCUUGUUCCUCUCUCGAGCUGCUCGGCGGCACUUCUGGAGGGGCCGAUGUACGGGCUUAUGAACGAAUGAUUCUCGGAGACGAGCCCACAAGUACUUCUUGGAUCCCUUUUUUCCAACCUCCUUUAAAGAUUUGAACUUGAUGGUUUGGCUCUUCAAUUUAUUUAUUUUAGGGUGAUUUGGGUUUUUUUUUUUGGGAGGUGGUUCUGUUUUAGUUUAAAUGACUUGUGCAAUACAUUUUGAGGUGGAAUUUGAUAGAUUUUUUUUUCCUGAUGAAUUAAAAGAAUUUGACAAUAUAAUCCAGAUUUGAUUUGUUGAUUUUUUUUUUUUUUUUGCUAAAGACUAGUUCUUCAAGCUUUUGCUUCUGAUGAAUCCAAAUGGCAGUACCUCAUUUGUUUACUUCGCUUUUGUACUUAUAUUUUCCAGGAAAAAAAUACUGUAAAUUGUAAAUAGUUAAUACAUAACUGUAUCAUAUGCUGAUCUGUGACUGUUGGCAAUGUCAAUCUAGGAUGAACAGAGAAAAAAUAAAGUUUUAUUUACUGUAUAAAA